GGGCUUGGACAUCUAUCCCUUCCCUAUCCAAUCCAACCAUUUUCACGCCGUUCAUCAGCUAGCUAGCCUUGAGAGAUGGGUGAGAAGAAGAAUACGGCGGGUUUCGCGGACGCCCUGGAUUUCUGGCAAGAAAACCAGCUGCGGAUCCUCGUCGUGGCGAGCCUGGUGAUCCAGUGGUUCCUCUUCGUCUUGGCGCCCUUUCGUCAGCGACGGAUCCCAGGUUUGCUGAGGCUCUCCAUCUGGCUGGCGUACCUGGGCAGCGACGCCGUGGCCAUCUACGCCCUCGCCACCCUCUUCAACUCCCACAGGUGCGACGACACCGGCACCGGCACCGGCGGCGUGGAGCUGCUGUGGGCGCCAAUCCUGCUGGUGCACCUGGGCGGCCAGGACAGCAUAACGGCCUAUAACAUCGAAGACAACGAGCUGUGGAGACGCCAUGUCCUUACAGCGGUGUCUCAGGUGGCGGCCGCUAUUUAUGUGUUCGUCAAGUCGUGGCCAAAUUCCAACGUGACUACCAGUCAUGUAGGAGUACCCAAUAUUGACCAGAUAAAGGCCAUCAAGGCUCACAACGAAGAGAUGGAGGCUUACAAGAGAAUCUUCACGCCAGCACUCCUGCUGUUCUUCUGUGGGAUCACCAAAUGCGUAUGCAAGCCCUGGGACCUCAAGAGAGUCAGCGUCAACAGCCUUGUGGACUCUUCACCAGCAGGCAGCUCAGAAGCAGAAGCAGGCAAGGGCGAGACCGAGACCGAGACCGAGAUCAAUUCGCUUCACGAGUACGUUGCAGCUGCAACGCAGCAUUUCGAGGCCCGGGGUGGCAGCGGCGACGGCGGCGGCGACGGCGACGACAACACUUGUAAAGUAGAGGAAAUCUGGAAGCCCUACAACCUAUGCGUAGACCUCGCGCCACCCUACUCCGGCCGGCUGAGCUGCCUGAAACACCUGGUGGUGCGCCUCCCGGCAGACGGAGCUCAUCGGCUGGUGAAAUCCAGCCUCUCCGCGACGUUCCACCAGCUCUACACCAAGGAAUCGCUCAAGCUGCACGACGUCUCGCACCUGGUGUUCACCAGCAACGCCGCCGAGAACCGCUUGACGAUGCUCACCUCGGCUCGCGGCGUACGGACGGUGGCCGCGGCCGUCCUGCUGGGGGCGAUCGCCGUGUUCCACUACGGCGGCGGCGACGACACUGAAAAGUCCAAACCGAUUGACGUCACCAUCACGUAUGCCCUGCUAUGGUCUGCUGUCGUGAUGGAGUACGUCUUGCCCACCGUGAUCCACCACACGUCUGGCAGGAUACAGCGACUGUGCACCGGGCACCGGACAUGGCCGGAGCAGGUGGCGCAGUACAACCUCAUGGGGUACGUCGCCCGCUGCAGCAGGAAGCACCCCUGGCUCAUGAAGGUGGCGGCGUUCCUGGGCUGCAGGGACCUGGUCGACCAGCUCUGGACCAUGAAGCCAUGCAAGGGCGGCGCGGCGAUCAUCACCGGCCUCGUCCACGGCCAUGUCGCCGGAGCUUGGACGGAGGGUCACAUAGCCGGCGCCGACUCGUUCCGGGCGUUCAACGACUACAGGGGCCAGUGGACGCUCAGCAGGGAGGUCGCCGGCGUCGGCGUCGGGCGCAGCGUACCAUCCAUGGUAUUGAUCAUGAGCGUGUCGAGGCCGCCGUUCGACGAGAGCGUCCUGGUGUGGCACCUCGCCACCGACUUCUGCUUCCACAUACUCCGGGAGGACCCGUCACCUUCCAGCGCCGCCGCUCGCCGCUGCAGGGAGAUGUCCAACUACAUGGCGUACCUCCUCUUCGUGAAGCCGGAGAUGCUGAUGCCCGGUGCCCGGCGAAACCUGUUCCGAGACGCGUGCGGCGAGAUCGCGGACAUGCUCGAGAAGGAUCCUCCUCCGAGAACGCCGAGGGGCCGGGGGAAGAGGGGCCUCGCGCACAAGGUCAUCCAGCUGCUCAAGAGGGACGGCGACGGCGGCGGCGGCGGCGGCGGCGGUAGUGUCGUUCGACAGGCUUGGAGUGUCGCCGAGGAGCUCAUGGAUUCGCACAAGGGCAACGAGGAGAAGAUGUGGACGGUGAUGCAGGGCGUGUGGGUGGAGAUGCUCUGCUUCUCGGCCAGCCGGUGCAAGGGCUACCUGCACGCGAAGAGCUUGGGAACCGGCGGGGAGUACCUGUCCUACGUCUGGCUCCUGCUCUUGUACAUGGGGAUGGAGACCUUGGCGGAGAAGAUGCAGAGGACGGAGCUGUACGACGGCCCCACGCCAGCACGGUCGUCCAUCAGUGGCCACAAUGUUUGAUACACUACCAUUUCUUACAACAAUAUAAUUUCAAACCAAUUUCAAGGACGUACACAUAUAUCAAUAUAAGCACAUGCAAAUUAAUAAUGUUCACAUCAAUCAAGGUUGUUAGCACAGAAUA